CAAAGUUUAUAUUUACAAGAAUACUAAAGGGACAUUAGGAAAACAAUACUUAAAAGUCAAAACUGUCAAACUUUGGCACACUAUUUGUUCAGCAUGCAAACUGUAGUGUAUUACUGUAUUAUUGCACAUUAAUAUGACUAUAUGCAAAAAAAAGUUUACUUGCUGGUAUUGUUUAAAUCAUAGAUUCGAACUUACAACAGUUUAAAUCACAGAUUCAUGGAUUUUCAUCGUCUGUUUUAAGUGAAAAUCACUGCUCUAACGUUAAGUUAUAGAGUUAACAAAUUAUACUCAUCAAUGCUUCUCUUAAAACCUCAUUACAGAUUUGCAGAAGCUACAAAAUUUCUGAGACACCCAGAAAUUUUGUUUGAUACCCAGUAUUUCAAUGGCUUCCGUGCUCUUGCAUAUGAUCCCCAAAUAGCAGAUACUGAUUCUAAAUCCUCGGUGAGAUGUAGUGCACACCAAAUGUUCGAUGAAAUUCCUGACCCAAAUGUUGCUGGGUAUCAUCACUUGCUCUUUGAAUGUGCUCGCAAUAAUAAGAACAUGGAAGCUUUGAGAUUGUUUUUUGAUAUGCAUCAAUUAGGUUUGGUGAACAGUGGGUCAAGCCUUUCUUGUGCACUAAAGGUGUCUGGUGUUUCAAAUAAUCAGAUUACUGGGAAACAAUUGCAUUGCCAUUGUAUUAAAUCAGGUUUUUCUGUGGAUGUUAGUGUGGGCACUUCUCUAGUUGAUAUGUAUAUGAAAUCUAAUAGUGUGAACGAUGGGAAGAGCGUUUUCGAAGAAAUGGAGGUUAAGAAUGUGAUUUCUUGGACUUCUUUGCUUUCGGGAUAUGUGCAACAUGGAUUGGUAGAGCAAGCCUUAGAGGUGUUCACUAAGAUGAGGACAGAAGGGAUUAGAGCUAAUCCAUUUACUUAUGCGACUGUAGUUCGGGCUUUAGCAGAUUAUGAUAUGAUUUCCACAGGAAGUGAAGUACAUGCUGAAGUAAUAAAGAGUGGUUGUGAAUUGUAUACUACAGUGUCGAAUUCCUUGAUUAACAUGUACGCAAAGUGUGGAAUGAUACGAAAGGCUAAAGGAAUUUUUAUUGUCAUGGAAAGCAAGGAUGUUGUUUCUUGGAAUGGUAUGAUUUCAGGUCUUGUAACAAAUGGGCUUAACAAGGAAGCUCUUGAACUGUUUCAUCAGAUGAGACUUGAAGGCCUAGAACUGACUCGGCUGAUCUUUGCUACCAUCAUUAAAGCUUGUACUUGUAUAAAGGAAUUCUCUUCUGCAAGACAGCUCCAUUGUCGAGUAAUUAAGAGUGGAUUCGACUUUGAUCUAAAUAUAAGGACUGCUCUUAUGGUUGCAUACAGCAAGUGCGCUGAUAUGGAUGGUUCUUUCAAGAUGUUUGAGACGAUGCAAAAAAGUCAAAAUGUCAUUUCUUGGACAGCUAUGAUCAGUGGGUACUUGCAGAAUGGUCGAAAAGAAAAGGCAGCUCAUAUCUUUCUUGAUAUGAAUCGGAUGGGAAUUACACCAAACGACUUCACUUAUUCCACUAUCCUUACUGCUCAUCCUUGUGUAUCACCAUAUCAGUUACACGCACUUGUAGUCAAAACACGUUAUUUGAGCUCUCCAAAUGUCGGGACUGCUCUCUUGGAUGCUUAUAUCAAGACUGGAAAUGUAACUGAAGCUGCCAAGGUUUUUGAAAAUAUUAGUCAGAAGGAUAUUGUGGCAUGGUCUGCAAUGUUGGCUGGAUAUGCUCAAGUAGGAGACACAGAAGGAGCUAUUAACCUAUACCGGCAAUUGGCAAAGGAAGGGAUUAUCUAUCCGAAUGAGUAUACUUUCAGUAGCGUCCUCAAUUCAUGUGCAGCCCCUGAAGCAGCAGUUGAACAGGGGAAACAGUUUCAUGCCUUUUCAAUUAAAUAUGCAUAUAACAAUUAUUUGUGUGUUAGUAGUGCUCUUGUUACAAUGUACUCAAAGAAAGGCAAGAUUGAUAGUGCAAAUAAGGUUUUCACAAGGCAAGAAGAACGAGACUUAGUCUCGUGGAACUCAAUGAUUUCCGGGUUUGCACAACAUGGUUAUGCACACAAGGCUCUCGAUGUAUUUGAGGAAAUGCGAAGGAAAAAAAUAGAAACUGAUGGGAUAACAUUUAUCGGUGUGAUCUCUGCUUGUACUCAUGCUGGCCUAUUGGAAGAAGGUCAAAAAUAUUUUGACCAAAUGGUGAAGGACCAUCAUGUCAAUCCAACCAUGGAACACUAUGCUUGCAUGGUAGACCUUUAUAGUAGAGCUGGAAUGAUUGAAAAGGCCAUGAACUUCAUAAAUAAGAUGCCAUUUUCAGGUGGUGCAACAGUGUGGCGAAGUCUUUUGGGUGCAUGUCAUGUUUGCAGAAAUGCAGAGGUGGGAAAGAUUGCUGCAGAAAAACUCAUGGCCAUUGAACCAAAGGAUUCAUCAGCUUAUGUGCUGUUAUCGAACAUAUAUGCAGCUACUGGAAACUGGAAAGAGAGAGCUAAAGUUAGGAAGUUCAUGGAUCAAAGAAAAGUGAGAAAAGAAGCUGGUUAUAGCUGGAUUGAAGUCAAGAACAAGACUUACUCUUUCUUAGCUGGUGAUCUUUCUCAUCCAUUGUCAGAUCUUAUAUAUAAAAAGCUUGAUGAGUUGUGUACUCGAUUGAAGGAUGCAGGAUAUUGCCCAGAUACCACAUAUGUGCUUCAUGAUGUGGAAGACGAACACAAGGAAGCUAUUUUGUCUCAACAUAGUGAACGACUGGCUAUAGCUUUUGGACUAAUUGCGACCCCUCCUGGCACUCCUAUCCAAAUCGUGAAGAAUCUGCGAGUCUGUGGAGAUUGUCAUGCCGUCAUUAAGAUAAUAUCCAUGAUUGAGAAACGAGAUAUAACAGUGCGCGAUUCAAAUCGUUUUCAUCACUUCAGAGGAGGAUUGUGUUCGUGUGGUGACUUUUGGUGACUCUCCAGUAAUGGACAUGGAGGAUAUAUGGUUUUAUGCAUUUUCAGGUUAAAGCAACAUCCAACAAUUCAAGACUUCUAGUAAGAAAUUGUCUAUCAAGAGCCAGCUUUCUUCUUUCUAAUAGGUAAAACACCAUCACCUCCUCUUACAAACAUGUAAAAGUUUUGGUAGGAUGUUUCAUUUAGCAGUAAGGCUGCCUACUUUUAAACCUCCUUAACCCCAUGUGAAAAGGUGUUUAUACUGGGAGGUAAUGAUGGUUGUUUCCUGUUGUGGAGAUUAGUGUAGUAACCAUGAUUGCUAAGAGAAUUUCAUGUGCUACCUAUGCCAACAAGCUGAGGUACACCUUUAUAUUAGCUCAUAUGCUAAGGUGCUCCAUUGUUAAACAUGCUCAGCUAGGAGUGGUCUUAGGAUGAGUGAACUUAUGCGAAGUUUCCUCAGUUGCUUAUGAGUGGGAUGGUUGACCUUGUCGGCGUAUGUAGUGCAUCAAAUCCUCUUCAGCAAUCCUAGGUAUUACAUUUAGCUUCUAGCCCGAAGUGCUCACACAUAAGUUAAGCUUGUAUGAUGAUCUUUUAAUGCUUCAACUGGUGUAUGGCUCACUCAUUUCCAUCCAGAUGGUUAACAAAAGCCAGUCAGACCAUACUUCGAAUAUGAUCGUGGAUAGUUGAGCUAUAUGCAGCACAAGUUGGCAGCCAUUGAGGAGCCAAGAAAACCGUUCAUCAGAUUGUAAAUGCAACUCCUGUUCUUCACAAUCCCUGGCCAUUUGUUUACUUGCAGAAUGCCUGCAGCUGCAAGGAUCAAUGUACGAAACUGGAAAAUCCUUUUUUUCACCGGUUCCUGAAGAUUGGCAACUAGUAAAAAUGACUGACUAGUGUGAAUGAGUAAGACAGGAAGAUUACAUGCAAAGAAACCUAAAGAUCAUAAGAAGACACAAUCGGAGCAUUGACAGCAUAACAUCGGUAGCGAACUAGUUGUCAGAGCACGUUUUCGCUCAGGAGAUGUUUUCAGCAUUGUUGGAGUUCAUGCAGCAAUGACAUUUUCAAGGUUGGGAAGCACUUUAUUAUCCCUUGGCGGGUAAAUUUCUUCCUAUAAAGUCUAACCUCAGGUUGAGGUACUUUUCACAUCAUACUUUAGAAAUAAAUACAAGUUAACCUGUAUAUAUUCUGUCAGUAAUCAGAAUCUGUAAGAGACAGAUUUAUUUUGAUCUCAAAAUGUAUAAUAUGUGCAUGUAAAUUCCCAUAUUGAACCUUGCACAAUAAUUCAGUUAAAUUGUUGCAGUCU